AUGCCCAGCUCUUCCCCAUGGCACGUCUUGGUGAUCGGCAACGGCAACUAUGAUGAGGCCAUUGGCGCCUUGCCCGGCGCCAUCGAAGAUGCUGAGAAGUUUGCCAAAGAAGUGCCCCAGAGACUGGGUGAUGAUCAGCCAAUCGUUCUGCUGAACGGCUCUGCUGACGAGCACUACAGAAGAAUCGAUGACUGGCUCCAAGCAGAAAGUAGCAAGAAAAUGAUGUUCUGUGCCGGACAUGGCAUGAGAUGCCAAGGCAUUUUCUACAUCAAAACCACAAAAAAUGAGGACAUCCCAGUUCAAGAAUAUGUGCGCAGAAAGGUGGAUCACUUAGGAAAGCGCGAUGUUGUUGUAGCGUGCUUCUUUGGCACCUGCCAAGUUCAUACGGAGUCAUCAGGCAAUCUUCAGAAUCCGCAUUUUCCAGGCUUGAGCGCUAAGCAUCACUUCACUGGUCUGAACAAUUUGUUUGCGUUUUCCUUCAAUAGUGAGCCGGGCAAGUAUGUGGUGGACUACAGCAAUGUGUACGCACGUGUCUUGAUUGACAUGCUCUCAUGCGGUGGAUACAGGUCGUUGCAAGAAGUCUUAGAGACCUUGCCUGACCUCGUCUCCAAUGAAUCCUCCUUCACAGAACGGCCCUGGAAGGAAGACAAUCUUGGCAAUUCUUCUGCCAGUUUCGGGGAGGACACGGAGGACUCUAGUGACUUGUCUGAGCCAAGUGCACUCUGUGCACUUAGUCCUCAGAGCCUUUCCGGUGACAGCGGCGUUCAAAUCAUACCAUCGAGUCAAACCAAACCGGCCCCUGAUCAGUUGAUGACUUUGACUGGUGACAUGACAAUCCUUCAUAGAGCCGACUCGGUGAUUGGUGAAUGCAUGUGGAAACUCGACCGUGUCGACUUCAAGGGCUGCAACUCACAUGCAAGAGAUGCAACCUUGCAAAGAGCAGCUCAGUACAGUGUGGAACUAUGUAAAGCUAUGCACGAUCUCCGAUUUCUUGUCCUUCCUGGGACAACAGACUCUCAGAUUUACCCUACCUUGCCGAAACGUCUGACCCUUUUGCAAAAAUAUGUCCAGGGCUUAGACUUGGUACUCCGCAACGGACAACUCAAAUGGCAUGGAUGGCAUUCUUUUUCUGCAGAGAUUCACAGAGUUUUUGAUGAUCAGUCCGCAGCAGCGGUGUAUGAGAAUUUGAUAACAUAUGCAUCUACCCUCUACCACUGUCAGUUGAGACGCAUCGUUGUUGAGCAGGCGGGUUUGGACCACGAAAUCCUUCUGGAAAUCGAGCAGUGCUUACGUGUUGCCGCUGAAGGCUUCGUAGCGCAGUCAAGAGAGAUACUGCCGGGUCCAAUCUCCAAACACCAGGUCUUUGUGGCCUUGCAUAGCUGGGUUGUAGCACAGAGAUGGUUGGGCAAACACUCAGAAUGCCAAGCUAUAUUAGUUGACUGGUUUGGGCCGCUCCUUGCUCUGGCAACGGAAGAGAUUCAAGAAGUUUGGAAGGGUCGGCGAUCUGAGGCGCAAAAAUACCAACUGUUGCAACAGUUGCAAAAACGAAGCAUUGAUCAUCCCACUUGCUACGAAGAUGUGGCUUCGUUCCUUUACAAAGCAACACGAUGGUAUGAAGAGUUGUCGCAAGAGGCAUUGUUUCUAGAUUUCACAUUGCACAUGGAGUUGAAUGAGUGGCUAACAUGGCAACCUCAAGGCUGGCAGCUUUGCACAGCAGUGAGGGGGUGUCUGCACAAUUCAGGCAAUUCACACCUCAGGGCUCUUGUGAAGAGCUGUUUGCCGCUGUGCACAGCUUGGGGCAGGAUUUUACAGAAACAACAGCACCAGAAAAGCGUGAUUUGUCAGAAGAUUUCUGUUUCGCUUGAGUCGGGUACGGAGUUAGCUCUCCGGAAGUAUGCUCAAGAAGUUGGUCGAGUCAUGCUUGCUCCACCAGGAGCUCCCAAAGACGAUGCAACCGCUGCAACCGCUGCAACCCUUCGAAGCUACGCCCAGCUGCACCGGCGCCCGAUUCGCCCUGUGGUCCAUCCCGUGGUCCGCAGCCCCCGCGAAGUGUCGCCACGGCUGCAGGGGCAGCUGGGAAGACUCAAACAGCAGCUGCAUGUCCUGCGAAGCGAAGCCAAAAUGUUGCGGAAAAACUUGACGGACAAUGAGCUGGCAAGUGCCGAAUGCGCCCGGCUGUGGACAGCCAAUCGACAUCGCGUGUGCGAAUUGAUGAAGGAAGAGGAAGAGGAGGAUGCUGAGGACCAGUUCGAGUCCUCAGAUUCCCAGAUUGGAACAUACCAAAUUGGCGACACGAACCAGGAGGAACCUUCCGACCACGCCAAAGCUCGUGUGGAGGAGGAAAUGAUGCAAGUCCGGCAAGAGACCCUGGAACUGGCUAUGGAGGUGCAACGAGCCGCAGACCUUCAAUGGCUCCGGAGCCUAGAGCUGAAGCGGCUGAAGAUGUGGAUGAAGCUCCAGCAAGCCAAGCGAAACGCCAAGAUGGCCAAGCUUGCAGAUAAGGAUCUGCAGCGAGACCAGAGCGUCUUUGCGCUGCAGCUGCGCCAGUCCGAGGAGUGCUGCGCGGCGUUGCAGCUGCAGCAGACGCAGCUCAGGGAGGAGCUGACGGCGGCCAAAGCAGAACUGCCAGGAUCCUCGCCCAUUCCGUCGCAGAUGUUCACUGCGCUGCAGAGCGAACUGAGGGCUGAGGAGCAGAUGUCCGAUGUCCGGUUGAUGCCAUGA